AUUAUAAUAGGGAGACAUAUUCGCUAUAUGGCGGCUCUGGGAUUAAAUUCUUCGCCACUCGAUCCCAACUGAUCAUGUGCACGCGACGUUGCCCUUUCGAUCGAUGUGUAAAGGUAGUGCUGAGGUAGGGACGUACAACUCCUAACGUUGUGAAUUGUAACUGAAUUCUACACCACAUUCACUGCAAACAGUGAACUACAUGCAGGCUACAGCUGGUUGACACCGGGCAUGCUUGCUGGACCGGCUUUUUUAGGAGUGCUUGUCUGUCAGCGCAGUGCGUACGCCGUUCAGUGACAGCCUGAACAGUUGCUGCUAGUGCUGCACAUAGCGGCCACACCAGCCCCAGCCUUACACAGUCCGUGAGUAGACAGAGUAGCAGAUAGCACCAUGACUGGUUCAACAGAACAGGAACCGCAGGCGGAGGAGGUAAAGGCGACCACCCCAGCGGAGGAGACCAUCCCGCUGCAGGAUGAUGCUGAGGCUCGGAAGGAUGACCCGGCUGGUGCCGAGGCGGACCCGGAAAGCGCGGCCGGCUCGCCCAGCCGAUCGGAGAGCAAGCUCCAAAGAGGAAGGAGGUCGAUCAAGAAGAAGACGCAGUACAUUAUCAGAGAAAAGCACGGCCCUAUGAGAAAUGCCAUUCCCUACAUGCCAAUGCCGGUCGCUAUCAUCCUAUGUGUGUUGAACAUCCUCCCUGGAGUUGGUACGUUCCUGUCGGCGUUCUUCACGCUGUGCUGCCCGGUGCCUGGGAUGAAGGACGAGCCGAAGACGAAGCCGUUCUCCUACUGCCUGCUGGCGGCCUUCGUGCAGAUCGUCCUGGCCAUCAUCAUCGUGGGCUGGAUCCUCAGCUUCUACUGGGGCGUCAUGUUCAUCGUCAUCUCCUGGCGGAAGGGUGAGGAGCCCGUGUCAGUCAUCGAGCGAUAUGAGAAAUGAAGACUUUAUGAUGAAAGCGGACGACUCAUUUCUGUUUGCGGUCUUUAUCAAUAUAAUAAUGUGCCAUUCGUGUUGAACUUAGCUUUUGGCCUUUUGGACUAUGUGAUCUGUAGGCUGGUUGUUUCUUAUCUACGCUGUUCAAGACCGUGUUCACAAUGGUGUCGCUUCAAUUCGAAUUGCUGUCAAUUCGGUUGCUGUCACAGCUGCUAUUGAAACAAAACAAGCCAAUUGGGUGUUCACACCUCACGCUGCUUGUCAAUUUUAAUUCAACCCACCCAAACCACCCCGAGAUUCGAGAGGUGGAUUGCAUCAACUCGACUCAGUCCCAAACUUGGCAGUUCACAUUAAGAAAAAUCGGUUCGGUUCGAUUCGAAUUGUCCCUUAAAGCAUAGUUCUUGCCUAUCGUGGACAGGGCCUUAUACUACAUAAAGAACUUGAAGAUGUUCAAAUUAUGUGUUCUACUUUCACGACAGACAGAUCGACAAUGGGCAUUACUGAUUGCUAACUCAAGCUAUAUAGUAGUCUUUCAAAAUUUCACAAUUUUAGAAACGUUUUUGUCCUCACACGUAGAAUCAGGGUAGAAGACUGACGUAGCUCUGGGGCUUCAGCAAAGAGUUGAUGAACAAGUUAAAUAGACAUUUGUAUGUAUACAGAAUGUUCGUUAAGUAUAGUACAUCAUGAAUUGCUAGAUUUAGAAAGGAGUCAACUGCUGGGGACGCACUAAGUUGAAAGUUUGAAGUCCAGCGUGACGUUGUGUAAUGAUCGGUCCCCGAAUAUGACUGAACUAACGCUAGUUCACCUUUAUCCGCGUGGUAACCUAUAUAAGUUGUUUGUAUUUAGGGAUAUCAAGUUGACGGACGGUGGGUUUAAACUGCAAUAUUUUGGAAAUAGCACAAUAUGAAACCACCGUCAUCUGACUAGAUAUACCUAAUGAUAUAUACUUAGUUGUUUUAAAGACAACGGAUAUAGGUUACCCCGAAGAUAACUGAGGUGGAAUAGUGUUACGUAAGUCCCCGUGAACGAAGUCCAUCAGCCUGUGGCACGAUAACAGCUGAGCUCCAAGCAGAUGUUGGGAUGGGAGAUGGUAAGGUCCUCUCACUGCAAAGCUACCCUACCAGCUGACAAACCAUCCCGGCAGUCAGAAAACGUCACUAUCAUCCAUUCCAACAUCUGCUUGGAGAUCAGCUGACUCACAUUGACUCGCGCUUUCUUGGCGAUUUAUGACUGACAUGAUAGUUUACUUAUAGAUAUAAUGCAACGCAAGUAGUUCGAGUAAGGCAAAUUGUAAUUGUUGUGGAAGGGAAGCCACUGUGGACAGAUACGUUUGUGCCAGAAUAAGUAAUGCUGUAUGAUAACUCGGUUCGGUGUAACUAACAAUGUAACGUUGCAUAAGAUGCUAUUCUGGAAAGACCGCAAGCCAAGCCAAACAUGACACAGAAUAAAGUCUUUCCUGUUUAGACCUCUAGUAUAAUGCCGCUAUACGGUUUUGCUAUGAUAUAUGUGAGGUAAGUUCGGUUCAAAGUGCGGAUGGAUGCCAUCUUACUCAGUACGUAAAAUUUGUAUAUCUAAUAAAUCAGAUGUAAGACUUUCUCCUGACCGGUGGAACACAUUAUUUCCGUUCGGCGUUAUUAAGAAAAGCUUUAAUAGUAACAACAACGUGUCUACUCCCGCACGAUAUAAAUAAACAAACCGUGUAGAACUCUCCUCACGUUUUGGCAGCUGUCCGAGUAUUAGGGAUUGUACAAGCACGUUCCCCGUUUCAAGUGGGGUUGAAAUGCGCAUGUGCGACGACAGGAGUUGUGAAGGCCCAUGACUUAUCACAGCUUUCGUCUUGACCAUUGUCUCGGUUUGCAUAACAAUAUCCAGGCGCGAUUUGUUUAUGUCUCUGGGGCCUUCACUUUUGACAUAUUACCCAUAAUUCCAGUCAUUGCACAUGCGCUUAUUUUAAUUUCUGUGACAAUGUUUCAUCAAUUAGACUAUAUUGAAAAUGGUGCUGUGGUAGACAUUAUAGGCGAUUGUGAAAUGCUGUACGUAAAAGGGAGGUGCGAAAGAUGACACCGUAUGUAUUUUGACACUUUGUAAAAUUCUGUAACAUUUUUGAGGUUUGAUGAAUAUUUCUUUAUCAUUAUCUAUAUUUGUAAGAUGAAAACGAGAUGAAAUAAAAUGAAGUGUUUGUAAUGUCUGAA